AAAAUAGGCGAUGCACAAUAUCACUACGUAACAAAUUAAAGAUUCUUUGAAAGUUUCAUUAAAUAGCAUUCAGUGGUGUUAGAGGAGUUGUGGAUAAGAGAUGGGUGAUCAAAAGCAUUAUGGACAAAUGGAUAAACUUACAGAAAGACAAACGGACACCCCUUCACAAUAUUUACCUCUCUGAUUUUCAAGCUGGGAUAUUAAAGUAGGAUAAGUGGAGUGUGAUAUAAAAAAAACUUUCCCAAGUAUUUCAUAGUCAGUACAUUUGAGAAUUCCUUUUUCAUUUAUUAAGUUCUCAGUCGGUUACAUUGUAGAGAAAAUAUACCUUCAACUAAUAGGAAAAGAAAUCCAUAUGCAUAAUGCGUCAACUUCUAUGAAAAAGGAAAUUAAGAUAGAAUUUACUGUCUGGCAUAUCGUAAAAAGAAAUCGAGAUGUCUUUUUAGUUAAACAAAUUUAUGUUUAAUUAAGGAACAAUGGAUCUGAAAAUCAUGAUUGUAACAGAAAGUUUGUUCAUAAGGCAUUAGUUAAAUAAAAAGGAAAACGAGUGGCCCGCGGGUUUGAUACUCGUUAUAGUCUCUGUAUGAAACCUUUAAAGUAUAUUGUGGGAUGGUUUGUUCAUAAGCCAUGGAUUCGUCAUUAGAAGUGAAAGCCUCUCAGAUAUGAACUUAGAAUUAGAAGAUCCUUUAGUUACUAUUUUUUUUUACCUUUACUUGGCCGUCUCUAUUUAUCGUAUCAAUGCCAAACGUGACACACUGAAACUGGUGCGUAUGUUUAUAAUGAAUAAAAUUCUCUCUUUUUUCUCACUCUCUAUGUGUGUAUAUUUAUAUUUGUAAAAUUGUUUUUAAAACAUGUAAAAACAAAAGUUAUUGAGGUUUAUUGAAGCAGAACACAAUAAACUUCCUUAUUCAGUUUAGUAUACAAAACAGUACUUUCCCGAAUUAUUUAGUUAUUACAUUGCAUACUAUUUUAAAUAGAUGUUCGUUUUCCAUUAAUACAAAUAUGCUUGUUUUACAUGUAUUAGGAGUUCUUAUAAUCACAACAACAAGUGUGGAUUUCUCUUUUGGUCUUACUGGUAACAAGGGCCUGGUUUUGGGAAUAUGGAAUCCUGCUUCGCUAACCUCCAUCACAGAGAUACCCAGAAACCCCGCCAGUCACUUCACAAAUGUGUCGAUGACUCUAAAUCCUUCAGGCGCUCAGAUCAUUAGCAUAUCGUCAGACCCAGAGAGAAAUAUUGUUUUUGCAGCCAUUGGCAAUUCAAUUUACGUAUUCCAGAACUUCACCAUCUGGCAGAAUGAAACCAUUCCUAUCUCAGUUGCAUACAGAGGGAGGUCUAUUGGAAAUGCUCAGAUUGCUUUCGACUAUGUUUCAAAAAACUUAUAUUGGUGCGAUUCCCUGUUUAGUUGGAUAGGCAUGAAACCGGCGUAUCUUGACAAUACAACCAUUUAUAAAUUGAUCAUCCACAACAAUUUGAAACAACCAGAAGGAUUAGCAUUAGAUCCAGAGGAUGGGUUGAUGUUCUUUUCCGAUAAUGAUGUGAAUCCACGCAUUGAAAAGGCCUCAAUGGACGGAGUUAAUAGGACUAUUAUAGUGCACAUCGGAUUGAUACGAGUUCUGUCUCUUUCUAUCGAUGUCAUCAAUAACCUCUUGUACUGGGCAGACUAUGGCAGACACACUCUUGAGGCCAGCGACUAUAACGGAUUAAACAGAAAAGUACUGCGGCGGAGUAACAAUGUUCCUGCGACUGGUUUGCAUUUUUAUCAGGGAAUGUUGCAUGCUGCAAGCUCUGGAGCUAAGAUCAUAUUUGGAGUAGAUGCAGCAUCGGGAACAGAACUUUACAGUCUGAGACUGAAUACAGCACAGCCAUAUGCAGUGCAUGUUUAUGAUGGAGAAACCUCCAGGGUAUACAUAGAUCCUUGCAAUAUUACAAGUUGUCAACAUAUCUGUGUGAACACUCCAGCAGGUGCUAAGUGCCUCUGUGCUGAGGGUUACAUGCUAUCUUCAGAUGGAAUGACGUGCACGGAUCGCUCCUGGUUCCACGAGAAAGGCUUAAUCGUUCACAAUUCAACUGCGUUUGCGAUGUUUGAAGUGCAGUAUCUCAACGGUCUACAAGGAAGGUUUCCCUUUAUUACAGUCCCUUCCUCAAUUAUUCAGACAUUUACUGUUGAUGCUAACAGACAUCUCAUUUAUUUUGUGGACAGUAGCAGAAACGAGUUGAAAGAACUAGACAUAAUCAGUUUAAAAACAAGAAUGUUGACAUCCAUUCAAUUAGCAUCAGAUUUGAAUUUUGAUUGGAUAACUAAUCUUCUCGGAUGGAUUGAGCCUGCCUCAUCCAGCAUAAAAGCAUUUUCCAUUAACUCGGGAACAACGUCAAUAAUAUACGUCAGACUUGAACAACCAACGUCAUUAACAGUUGACCCUCAUAAUGGAGACCUUUAUUGGAUAUCGGGAACAUUAGGAAAGUCCAUAAUGAAUGGAAACUGGAAUAGAAGUUCUCCUCGUACAAUUGUGUCGACUGCAAAUCUGAAUAACCCCAGCUCUCUCUAUUAUGAUAUCACGAGCAAUCAGUUGUAUUGGAUUGAUGACUCAAUUAUCAAAAGUUCGUUGACGAAUGGAUCGGAUAUCAAAAGCCACGUCAUCACGUUUGGUGCAACACAGGCAUUUGUAUAUAAGGGCUAUUUUGGCUGGAUAGUAGGAAACAUAAUGUAUUUCUCUAGUAAGUUUUCAAACAUUGCAGAGAGUUAUUUAGAAAUUGGAGAGAAAAACAAAGGAGUUGCCGUCUUCGAUUCGUCUCUGCAACAGGAUAAAAGAGGUAGCUGUGGUUUACUUAAUGGUGGUUGUCAAGAUAUUUGUGUGCCGUUACAAACUGGUCGAACUUGUGAGUGUGAUUUAGGUCUUCUGCUUCAACCUGAUAUGAAAACAUGUGAUAGCAAUGUGUACAGGGCAAAUUUCAUUGUGGUGGCUGAUUAUUCCCAUGGGAGGAUUCUGCAGAUUGACAUGGUUACAGGGAAUUUAGUUAAGCUUCCUAUCAAUGUAAGAAAUUCCGCGGGAAUAACAUUCGAUAAAAGUACAAAGGAACUUCUGCAUUCCGAUCUCUCUACCAAGAAUAUCAUGUCCUCUUCACUGCAUGGAGGGAACAAAACUCUGAUCUAUGCAACUGGCUUUGUCAAUGCUGACCGUUUGGCGAUCGAUUAUUCAACUGGAAACCUUUACUAUACUGCGGUAGGGCCAACAUCGAGUCAAAGCUAUAUUGGUGUUAUUCAUAGGACCACCUUUCAGCAUAAUACCUUGUUGUCUAACCUUUACAGUCCAAGAGAAAUUGUGGUGUAUCCGUCAAAAGGUUUCCUGUUUUGGACGGAGUUUGGGAAUAUAACUGAAAUAGGAAGAGCAUAUAUGGACGGAUCAUCAAAAACGUACAUAGCAACCACUGACAUUGGGUGGCCAAAUGGACUUGCAAUUGAUUUUACUUCCGACAGAAUAUAUUGGACAGAUGGACAGAAAAACCGCAUUGAAUUCUCAGAUUUGAAUGGAGGAAAUAGACAGGUCUUGACAACUGACAGUGACGCACAUUUGAUGAGUAUUGUGAUUCAAGGACAAUAUCUCUAUUAUACCGCAUGGAAUCGACAACGGAUAACAAAAAUGCAUAAAACAACUGGAUCUAAGAUGCCAUUCAUGUCAAACCAUCCUGAGCUUGGUCGACUUGACAGUCUUGCUAUAUAUGCAGACGAUAUAAUUGACGUGAGUACAAUUUGUUCUCAGAAAAACGGUAGAUGUAGUACAUUCUGUUUUCCAACACCAAUAGGAAGAACGUGUGGAUGUGAAGACUUUGUAAAUUUACAAGAGGAUCAAACAACUUGUGAAGGAGUAUCUCGAUGUACCACCUCACUGCAAAAUAUGAAUUUACUCGAUUGUCUUCCAUAUCCUGGGCAGAUUUGCGACAUAGAAUGCAAAGCAGGAUACAGACUAGAUGUCAAUACGUCAAUAACCUGUGAUACUUUUGGCCAAUGGAAUCCUUCUCCAUCUUCUUUGUGUACCGAAAUAUUGUGUCCAUCCUCUAUUGAAAAUGUGGCAUUGUCAUCAAAUUGCACUCGGAGAGUUGGUGAUUCGUGCAGUUUCAAAUGUGCUGAAGGUUUCACCUCCACAAGCUCACAGAGUUUGCUUUGUACCAGUGACGGCACCUGGGACCAUGACACUCAAAACCUGUGCAUACAUUCAGGUUGUCCAAAGACAAUACGAAAUGGUCAACUCAUCAACUGCGAAUCCAAACUAGGAGACACAUGUCGGUAUGACUGCAGUGAUCCGUUGAAAACCAAUCCAGCUGUUCCUAAUGUUACCUGCAACGCUAAUGGUUACUGGGAUCACGAUACAAACGAUUUAUGUGUACAACUGUGUUCUUCAACCAUUCGUAAUGGAAACUUAGAAUCAGAUUGUCAAAGAAAAGUUGGAUAUAGCUGUUCAUUUACAUGUGUCAGUGGCCAUCAAUCUACGAUUCCUUCUUCUAGUAUUGUGUGCACAGCAGACGGCCUUUGGGGCGAAAAUAUCAACGAAUUAUGCAAACAAACAUCUUGUCCACUAGAAAUAAGAAAUGGUAAUUUGACGUCCCUUUGUCAGGGAAAUGUUGGAGAAAAAUGUGACGUAGUAUGCCAUGAAGGGUUUAUAAUGAAUUCUCCACAUUUAUUCUGCACAACGGAGGGGUUAUGGGACAAACGUACCGAUAAUAUUUGCGUACAAAGCUCUUCACGCACAUCUAUGAGUGAGGAUAAAACAAUGGCGUACAUAGGAAUGUUGGCCGCAGGCAUUGUCGUCAUCGCCAUUGUAAUAAUUGCAACUGUUUGUUUUUUGUACCGCAGAAAAUCACAAGUUAUUGGACAAGAAUACCAAAGUGCCCCCGCAGCUCGAAAUAAUAUCUAUGCAACAUUUAAAAAUGGCGGAUACAUGACAGAUAGCAGAGAUUUACCAGAAAGACCAGUUUCUGAUGUGUACUGCUCAAUUGAUGACGCCUUCGAUACCGAAUACGAUGAACCACUGAAAGAUACAUACCUAAACCCUCUAACAUAUUGAAAAAUGUCCAUUAAAUGUUUAUUUACUUCUUCUAUUCCCCAAACAAUGUUAGUACAACGUAUAUGCUACACCUUUAUAGUGUUCACAGGGAAUGCUGUAGCUGAUGUCUUUGGCAGGCUAAUUCACAUUUUACAGACAUAAUUAUCAUAAUGACCAACCUUAAUACACUUCUCUUUACAAUAUUUUUAAAAAAUAAUUGCAAUCAAUGCCUAAAAACAGAAGAAAGUUUCACAAAAAAGUAAACUGCUUAGCCAAUAUUGCUAACUUAAUAAUUGUUUUUCUUGUCGAUUUGUCUUAUUAUACAAGGGUUGUUCGAAAAGUUCGUGGACAACUGUCAUAUUUUUUUUUAUUUGACGUCAUAUGUUAUCAAAAUGUUGUAGAAAUAUUUUAACAUAAAUCCAAAUGAUUAGUAUAAAUUUUUUUCAAAAGAGUGCGAUUAAUUCAAAACUCAUCCAGUUUUUAAAAAUGCAAAAAUCGGAUCUCGGAUAAUUUAUUAAGUUACAGACAAUGCACCAAAUAAUGCCUGUUGUCAUAUUCUCUGUAAAAUGGAGUCAAAAACGAAAAAAAAACCCCCUAUAAAUUCAAAUUAGGAAUUGUUACACAGAUCUGUAUACCAAAUUAUGAUUUUAUAUUUUGCUUUGUUGAAAAGAAAUCAACUUGAGAAGAUAGGUAGUCCUUAUUAAAAAUGACAAAAAAGAUGUUUUAAAACGUCACGGAGCAGCCGAUAAAGAUGCAAUUUUGUGUUUUACUCAGGAAAAAUCCGGAAUAAACUCUAAAAAUGUUGAAGGAAGCAAAAAAAUGUGUCACAAGCAAGUUGGGCAUAUAGUACAGACAGUAUUUGAGUGACAUAGACUCUGUAUCGGAUGUGGAUGAUCUGUGAAGAAACAGUUUAACAGUUACUGUAAAAAUCCGAACAGAACGUUAAAAACUUGGAACAUCAAGGAAAAACAUAAGUGCUUCAGAGUUGCUUAUCCUGUGAAAGCGCAGUUAAAUAAAAAAGAAAUUAAAACCUUAACAAAGGAAAUCAUACAACUAGAGCAAUUCUUAGAAAAAUUAAUGUCAAGUAUCAGAAAAAUACGGAA